CUGUUUAUCGGAACGAUGCUCAAAUUUUUUGCCUGGUGUUGCUUGUGACAGUGCGCUCCCGCCGGCGAUUAUGCCGGUGUGCAAGUCGGAUUCACCCGUGAACUCCAGCGAGGAACAGGUGAUUUCUUCUAGCUCGUCCCCAUCAGCUCCGGCGUGCAGUAGCACUGCAGAUCUGAGGGCGGAGAACGAACGGCUGCGGCGCGAGAACGCACAACUAUCGCAAGAUCUCGCGGAGAUCAAGACCGUCUGCAAGAACAUCGUACGCCUUAUAUCCAAGUACGCCACUGGCGAUGUCGGUGCCGGCGGCGGCGGAUGGCCGCCUGAUGAAACAUUGCCGGAGCUGGAUCUGAUGUCGCCGGCGAAAGGAUCACUGAAGCCGGAGACGACGGAGAAGUGUACGAAGAUCUUUGGGGUGGCGAUGGGAUCGAAGAGAAUAAGGGAUGAUGACGGUGGUGAGAAGUGGCCGAAGAUGGCGGCGAUCGCCGGGAAGCCAGAGCCGUUUGAUCGCGAAGGGGAAGGAUGGCACGUGACGCGGUGCCGCAUGGCCACGUGAUGAUAGGGAGUAGGGAUUAACGGUAGUUUGUUUGGUGUAACCUGUAAAGCUGGAUGGAAUUUUUAAUUUAUCUUAUUUUAAUGAUAAGAGCUUUUGUGU